GCAGCUCCCAAAAUUUUACACCAACUAGGGGAGGAGAUAGGCUGCGAAAGAUAUAUAUUAUAUAUGACUGUAUCAAACCCUAGCAUUUCUCCAUCUUCUCUUCUUCCUCCUCCUCCUCCUCCUUGCUAUUGUCCUCCCUUAGUGUCUACCUCUCUUGAUACUGUACAGUAAUUUCAUUUAACGGAAACGAGGAUCCGAACUUGGAUGCAGAAGAGGAAGCAAACUGCUCAGACUGAUGAUCUUGAUUCAUAUUUAUCUAGUGAAACAAAAUAAGAUAGUUAAUUAAUUGCUAGCCAGUAAGAACAAUAUUUGUGGUGCAUGUUUGCUUGAUGAUUUGGCACAAGAAUUUAUAUCUUUUGCAAAUUUUCAAAGGGUUUUAACAAGGUCAAAAAGUGGAUCGAAAGCAUGGGAAGAGGUCCUUUCCUGGUGAUGAAUCAGAGAAGAAAGAGGAGGAUCAUCAAAUGAUCUUCGAUCCGUUUUGCUCAUCUGCUCGAUCUCAACAUGAGAUGUCUGCCAUGGUCUCAGCUCUAGCUCAAGUUCUUGGAAGCAAUAACAGCCAGACCCCGGCUGUUCAAGAGCCGGUGGAGCCGCCACUGAUCACGCCCCAGUCCAGCGCCAUGGAAUUGCAUGAUGGUCAAUCUCCUCAACAGGCUCAAGAUCAAGGGAAUGUGAGGAGAAGGCACUAUAGAGGAGUGAGGCAGCGACCAUGGGGAAAGUGGGCAGCUGAGAUUCGUGACCCCAAGAAGGCAGCUCGAGUGUGGCUCGGCACCUUUGAAACCGCAGAGGCCGCAGCGAUUUCUUAUGAUGAAGCAGCUCUCAGGUUUAAAGGAAGCAAAGCUAAGCUCAACUUUCCCGAAAGAGUUCAGGGAAGAAUUACUGAAUUAGGUUACCUCACUACAACUAGUACUCAACAAAACUUGCCAGCUGAGGCUCAAAGUAUUACGGACCACCACCAGCCUCUUCCUGAUCAUCAAUAUCAACUGCAGGCAUUCCCUAAUAAUGUUGCUACUCCUCAUGAUCAAUAUGCACCAUAUUUUCUGAGUGGUAACGAGGGUGUAAAUUAUGAUGAUUUACCAACUAAUCUUAGUGAAAGAGAAAGAUUUGCUUUCCAGACUUCAGAAACUACUUCAUCAUCUUUGUUACCUUUCUUACCAUCUCAUCAACAAGAAGAUCAACAACAUCCCUUAAACUAUUCUAUGCCGGCAUUCGGUUCUUCUUCUUCUUCGAGUUCAAAUCCUCCCCCUAGGAAUAGGAACCGUCGACCUUGACAGCAGUACUUCAAGAGGACGGUACGUACACAUCCAAGUUCAAUUUCCCGAGAGAUAGAUCGUGGGAGAAUAAUGAUACUAUUUCCUUCAUGUUUGUGAUGUAUUUUUGUUUCUUGAAUUAGACUCUCUCUUGUCGACAAAGUUUUAAGAAGGUGAUCAAACUGUUUUGUUAAUUGAUGAUUGUUUUUAGUUUGUUUGACGAGAUUUUCAGCA